AUGGAUAUACUUACCGCAGUCCAACUUCUGAACAGCGUAUACGAAGUCCAUCAUCACCAGAGAACCUCCUUGCUGGAUAUUCUCGAUUUCCAAAAGGCACCUUGCCAAAGCCAUGGACCUGGUACUCAGGCGCAGCUCGAUGUGCCCUACGUCUCGGGCCUCCAUCAGAGCUUACCACUUCUCAAAGACAGGAUAUCGAUCGCGCUCAAGACGAGGCUCGGUCACGGCAAGACCACAUGUCUCGCGGAGAGGAUGUUGUUUGAGAAUACUCUCACUGAGCUACACAGCAAUUUACCGAAGCGUCCGAUUAUAGAUGGCCCUGUCGAAACCCAUCGACUACUCAUACGCGAACAGAUCUCCGACCUGAUGUUCCGGUCCAGCUCAAGCAUGUCAGAGACUAUUACCUUGAAAGCGAUAGUCUCACUAUCCACCACACUUUCUUCGAGGCUUCCGAUACUCUUGAAAAAGUUUGAUCUCUAUGACUGGUCUUACGUGGAACAGGGCUUCGGCCCAGAAUGGGAGAAGUUGGUCCCCCAUGCGGUUAUUGGGUGCCUCCUCUUCGCUCCUGGUGACCUCUACUCAGACUCGCAGCCAUAUGCCAAGAUCUGGGCCCACGAUAUUCUUGUUAAAGAGGGCGCGAAGUACCCCAUACUCGCACGGGAUCUCGCCCUCAUCCCGCCCAGAUCCAGCAGCUGGUCCCUGAAGGAGCUUGCCUUCCUCACCAAUCACGUCGGACCCGACCUCAAGGACAAUCAAGGGCUAACUCUCGUCCACGCUGCCAUCUUGGACCGCAGGCCGGACAUCGUGCAUCAACUUCUCGAGCCUGGAGGCGCCAAACCGUGGCACCGAAUAUUCAGGAGGCGGUUCUCGCUGUUCCAUUUCGCGGCCUCGGUAGGAUGCGAGGCGUGCUACGCAGAAUUGCGCUGUCACCCUGAGAUCCGGCCGGCAGAGGAGACGCGGGACCGGAACGGAAUGCUGCCCUUGCACGUCGCUGCCCUUCGCGGGCAAGUGAACGUGGUGGAAGCUAUUCUCAAGGCGCACUUUGACGGAGAGGAGGAGAACGAGGAGUACGUGAAUCGAGAGACGUCAGAAGCCGGGCAUACCGCGUUGUAUCUCGCGAUAGCGCGGGCUGAAGAUGAUGCCACCGCUAGAUUCUUGGCAAUGUACCCCGGCGUCGACUUCCUCGUGGAUCGCCAGGUACGGCAGACAGCGCUUCAUGUUGCGGCGUCUCGCAAAAGACACGGUCUAUUGCGCUUUCUCCUCUCUAGAGCACCCGAGCAUCAGCUCAAUGUGCAAAACGAAGACGGUGAGACGGCAUUACAUAUUAUCGCUCGUCAUGGUGACCGAGAGACAUUAAACGCUGUCUUGGACCUCCCCUCAAUCGAACUGGACGUGACAGCCAGCGACGGAUCAACGCCACUAGUUGACGCCGUGACGAGCGCGAACAUGGAGGCGAUGGAAGCUUUGAUCGGGUGCCCGGGGGUGGAUAUCACGGCGUUACGGCGGCCUCUGGAGCCCUUUGGAUUUUCUGCACUGGAACAUAUCUUGCAAGAGGUGGACGGCAACGAUGGUUCUGGGGGGUACACGGAGAUUUUGGAGUGCUUGCGAAUGCGUUGUCCCGAGCUGGAAGACGAUCUUUAUGAGGCAUCGGUGGCUGAAAUGGAAACGGAUGACGGGUGA